AUGUGCUACUAUGGAAGCUACUACAGAGGUCUCGGCUGCGGCUGCGGCUGCGGCUGCGGCUGUGGCUGUGGCUGUGGAGGCCUAGGUUAUGGCUAUGGCUAUGGCAGAUUUGGUUAUGGCUGCUGCCGCCCAUGCUGCUGUGGGAGAUUCUGGUCCUAUGGAUUCUACUGA